AUGUGUCGGGGUCAGCGGCGCGGGCGCAGCGUACCAAGCGCUGGCCGAGGUGUUUUCCCUUGGAAGAGUAGUUCGUCUAAGAACAAUGACUCAUCUCCGACGUCCUGGAGACUGUUCGGCAGCAAGUCCAACAGUAACCUGGCGAAGAGUCUGACCGCUGAGGUUCAGAAGUCAUUGACCCCAUCGUCCUCCGUAACCACCACACCGCACCACCACAAACGGCAGGGCAGCUCUGCCAGUGAGAAGCAGUUCGACGACCUAGUCGCCAGCUCCAUAGCGCUCAUACAACAUGACAGGCCAUCAAAUCUGCCAGCAAAAUGCACUGAAGAAGCUCUGCGUCACAAGGCGGAACACGCUCGGAUGGUUGAAGCGGCGAGACGUAGAGUGGAGCGAGAGGCUGCUGCGAGACACGCGAAGAUGCAGGAGUCAUUGAGGAUGGAGGAGAGACUCACGAGACACGCCAGGGAGUGGACACAGAACAUACUGCCGGACUGGCAGAACAUGAAAAAUGCAAAAAGAACUCAAGAACUUUGGUGGAGCGGGCUACCACCGUCUAUAAGAGGACGUGUAUGGCAACUGGCUAUAGAGAACAAACUUAAUAUAACAGAAGAAAUGUACCAAGACUAUGUGGCCAAAGCAAAACAGAAGUUACACGAAGCGCAGUUGAGAAGGAAACGGUUAAAAAUCAACAACUCCUGUCACUGCCAAGAAGACGAUCCUAAAGAUAAAGAAGAAAAAAUUACAAAAGAUACAAAUAAAGAAGACAACAUCAAAAAAACGGAAAAAACAAAAAAUGACGAUAGAAAAGAUGAGAAAGUUGAAAAAUUGAGAUUAGGAAUGCCAAGGAAUUACAGCGAGCAGAAUCUGAAGACGUUAAACGUUGAACCACCCAACAAGUGUUGCUCGAAAUCAAACCCUAAUCUAUUAGAAUAUAGUGACGAAUGUUCAAUGGAGUUGAUCCAGUUGGAUAUAUCAAGGACUUUCCCACAUCUGUGUAUUUUCCAGCCGGGAGGGCCGUACUUCGACGUCCUACAUGAGUUGCUGGCGGCUUACGUGUGUUACAGACCCGAUAUAGGAUAUGUACAGGGCAUGUCGUUCAUAGCGGCUGUAUUGAUCCUCAACAUGGAAGCGCCCCAAGCGUUCAUGUGUUUCUCAAACCUACUAGAGUGGCCUGUACUGAGGGCCGCCUUCACCAGGGACGGAGCUACAAUGCAGCGUCUGUGGCGAGCGUACACAUCCGUCUUAUCCCACGAGCUGCCCCGCCUCGUGUCUGUGGUGGCCCCGGAACUAUAUCUAGUAGACUGGAUCUACUCGGUGUUCGCUAAACCGAUGCCGCUAGACGCUGCGUGCCGCGUGUGGGACGUUAUGUUGAGGGACGGAGACUACUUCUUGUUCCAUGUGGCACUCGGUGUGCUACAUUUAUACCAAAACGAAUUAAAGGAUAUGGAUUUCAUAUCAGCGGCUCAGUUCCUCACUAAAUUACCAGACGACCUUGACCCUGAAGCUCUCUUUAGGAGCAUUUCCUGUACAUCACUCACAGCAGACGGCAUGACCUUCGAAGAACUGAUCACCAACUGCCAAAUAGACGAAGAAGACAACGUCAGAUUAUGA